AUGGGCCAAUCUUCAAGUACAGAGUCCCCAGAAAUAGCGAAGUUCACCAAUGGCAAGCUAUCGCGGGUCGAGUUGGAGAAUGCAUUUAUCAGGGAUGCUACACGAUCAUUUCAGGCAAUUGAGCUGAUUUCGCUUCGUGAUAAUCUGGGUCUUAAAGAGCUGCAAGGAUCAACUGUUAUCACAGAAAGCAAAUUAGCCGACAUUAUCCAACUUCCAGAGACAUCGGCGACGCAGGAUAUAACAAAGUGCUUCUGCUUUUUAGCUCGAUUUCCAAACUUUCGCACAGACUCCAAUCUCAACGUUGCUGGGGUGCUUAAGGUAUUGGCGAUACUUAACCCCGAGAGAUUUGCACACCUAUUUGGUAAUAACCCCCGCUACUUCCUAAUGCUGAUAUUUCUCGCCUUGAGCUUUGAUUCAAGUCACGAACCAGACCCCGAUAAACUGGAGAAAACGAUUUCUUCAAAUGACCCAGUGGAUGUUGUUUACUUGCAAGACAAGCUUCAGUGGAUGCUCAUUCCUCAAGUGCAAUCAUUUGACGGCAUUGAGUUAUUGCAAUACCCUUUACCAGCCUCAAAGCUCCUAAGAAUAUUGACACUGCUGCUUUACGUGGCACCAAUCAGUUUAGAGUUGAACCGCUCGCAACCUUUGGGAAAGCAAUUCCAUUUCGACGACAUAAGCUGGCUCGAGUACGAGAAGAAGGCAAUGAAUUUAUUGCGUUCAUUUGACUUGGAUUUGACAAGCUCCAACUACACAUCUAGAAAAAUCACAUUUACUACAUUCGAGAAAAUCAUUGGUACUUCUUACUCCAAUGGAACUAUGCCGAAUCUGCUUGUUCCAUUAUACCACUUGUUUGACUCGUUGCUAUAUAAUACAAGACAGACUCUUCAUACCAUCGAGUUUGCACAUUCUCGUAUUCUUACGCGUCCUAUGCUUUCACAGUUGGCUACCAUACUUCCUGAUGAGCUUGUUUUCACCAGACUCAAGAAACUAUUUGUCGGAGCAGAAUCUGGAUUUAGCAUGCGUUCCAUGGAAUCCAAAGUCUUUAAGUGGAAUGCUCCCACUAUACUCUUAGUUUCCGGUAAACUAAUUGAGAUGCAACCGUCAUCCAUGCCUGUCCCUAAAAACAAAAAAUAUGCCGCUUUUCUAACCGAGUAUCCUCGCUUUCACGCAUCAAACAACCAGUCACCUAAACCGCCCUUAGCCGAUGACGACACUUACACAUUCAUGGUUUACCUACAAAAACCAUGGAAGAUCAGCAAUAGCGAAUGUUUUGGAGACGAACACUCCUUCAUUGCACAAUUAUCUCCCAGACAGAUUAUAUACCCGCCUUCUACUUACGCACACAAUUACGCCUAUUUCAACACGCUGGGGGGUGGCCUCGGCUUUGGUAGCAAGCCGCCUCUCAUCAAAAACAAUGUCCGGAUAUUCAAGCCAGGAGAAGUGUCGCUCACGAUUGAAGCUGCUAUGGAAAUUGCCAGCUUCCGUCACCUGGCUGUCCCAGGAACAUACAAGACCGGCUCAAUAUUUCCGCACAACGUGCCAGAGUUCGAAAUCAGCGUUAACAUCACCAACCUCGAAGUUUGGGGAUGCGGAUCUCAAAAAGAGCUCGAUGAGCAGAAGAAAUUAUGGGAGUGGGAAAACAGGGAGGCAGAAGCAAGGAAGAAGCUCAAUGCCAUGCAUUGGGAUGAUGGUAAGGCGCUGCUUGAAAUGGCAGGUAUGAUCGGCAAACAUCAAAGCGGCGGUAGCGUGUGACUUGUAGAAUAUAUCUAUGAACUAUUUAUGUCCUUUUUUGGUAAGCUUUUUCUUAACAUGCUUUUUCAUUUUGGUUUUACGCUUCUCUCUAGCGGCUUCUUUAGCAGCUUUCUUUCUCUCCUUUUUGGAUUCCUUGUCUUCGUAUUUCUUUCCUUUUGGCGUUACUUCUUCAUCUUCACUGUCUUCAGGGUGACUAACCUCAUCAUAGCUCUCCUCAUUCGUCUCCUCAUCGUCGUCUUCUUCCUCACUUGAAGAUUCCUUAACCAAAUCUCUCAAGGUGUCCACUUGCCCACUCUUGAACUUAUCGAAAUCGCGCUCUUCCAGAUGGUUCAGCGAGCUAACUAAAUGCAAUGAUCUGAACACAAUGUCUUCUUGGUCAUCUUCUGUCUUGUGAGGUAAUGUAGCCAGAUAUUUUUCGAGCAAGUCUAGAUUCUCAGGGUCGUCCAAAGCCAAUAGCCGGUCGUUCUUUUCAGGAAUCAACUCAGCAAUCAAGUUUGACCACGAGUCAAUAACAAACCGAAAUAUCAUCCUUUCGGGAAAAACAUUGAUGUUUUUUGUCCGGGAAAAGAAAUCGUUCACGUUUUUGAUAUCCAUUCGCAAGAAAUCCAUUGACAUCUGAUGAUCAGGCUCCACAGACUGAGAAACAUCAAAUACAUAAAGUUCUCCCUUAUGCACAAUAGUGUUGUACUCGCUCAAGUCUGCGUGUACCAGCCGACAUUUCUGAUAGAGCCAUCUCAUGUAAAUAAGCAGUCGAAUGUAAAAGCGUGCAAUUUCCUCGUCAUCUUGGAACUCGUAAUCUUUCAGUUUUGGAGAAGGCCAUCCGUCUCCUUUGCUAAGAUAUUCCAUAACCAAAACAUGCGAUUUGAGAUCCACUGGCUCAGGAGAAGGGAUCCCAGCAGAAUGCAACCGUUUCAAAUUUCUAAACUCUUUUUCAGCCCACAAGCGAACCAUUUUCCUAGGAUUCGACUGGUUGCGGGUAUUUCUGAAUCUGAACUCACCGUCCACAUACCUCUCACGGUCCUUAAACACUAAAAUGGAGGUUUUGUAAAUCUUGACAGCAUAUUCUUUUCCCGUUUCUGAGUUCAGUGCGUAAUACACAUUGGCUUCCUUGCCUGUUGAUAUGCAUCCAUUUAUUUCCGUAAUUGUUCCGUUUUUAAAUAGCUUGGACAAGAAUCUCAGUGUCCGAGGAUCGAGGACCUGUUCCACUGUGGCUCUUUCAGCUUUAUCUCGGGUAACUCUAUGUUUGAUUUGAUCCACCUUGAUCUGCGACGCAUAUUUGUCCAGAAGUUCAGUUUUCUCUUUCAAAGCCUGGUGUGUAGCUCCUCUG